UAGAACGUAAACAAACAACUGUGAACUGAGAAGAAAUGGCAGGCUUCUUUCAGCGAGAUCUGGAUGCUGAUUACUUUGUAGAUGAUGACAGCGACGUUGAAAGAGGCAGCAGUUCAGAUGAUGAACUUGAUUUCACUAUCCACUGUGCCAAUCAGAAAAGGGUGCGAGUCAGGCAUAGCUCCGUGUCCAGUAAAGGCUCGUCAGCUGAGUCUGAUUUUGAGAAGGAGAUGAACGAGGAAUUAGAUCGGAGAGUUACAGCUCUGGAGGAGGCUCGGAAAUCAGGACAGAAGAUGUUGUCAGGAAGUAAGAAUGGAGAGACUUCAGAACCAGGAUGUUCUAGUGGACCGUCUAAACAGGACAAUGGUUUUAAUGAUGACGUCUAUUUUGACUCGGAUGAAGAGGAAAUGAUUAAAGGGGGAGACAAGAAAAAGAGAGAGAAAGCUGAGAAGUUGACAAAUGAUGACCUUUUAUAUGACCCUGAUCAGGAUGAUGAUGACCAGCGGUGGGUGGACAAUCACCGGCGGUCACUCAUGGCCAGGGACAGUAAAGCUCCCAGAAAACUGCCCACUAGUGAUGCUGUACUAGACUGUCCAGCCUGUAUGACCACACUGUGUCUGGACUGUCAGAAACAUGAAAAGUAUCACAACCAAUAUAGAGCCAUGUUUGUGAUGAAUUGUCAUGUGGACUUUAGUGAAUUACUGAAACAACCUCCACAGAAAAGCAAGAAAAGGAAAAGACAGCAGAGCUCACAAAGUAGUCAGCAGGAGGAGAGUUCCCAAGAGAAGGAAGAAAAGCUACAUCCUGUGAGGUGUACAGAAUGUAACACAGUAGUGGGCGUGUUUGAUAAGGACGAGGUGUAUCAUUUCUUUAAUGUUCUUGCGGGUCACUGAAAUUAUGUGGUUUAGGGAACAAGAGGUCACUUGCUUGGAAUUCAUUCUGACAUUGACCAUUUCAGAACAUUCUGAAAAAAACUUCUGUUCAGAGAAUUUGGCUUAUAAUAAGAUAUACUUCUGAAUAUGAAGGUCAUUUGUCAAUGGUGCCAGGAACGUGUUAGAAUGUUACUUCCCUUUGAUAUGUUUGAGAGAUGGCUCAAUAUUUUCAGAACUCCAAUUACUGUGGAGAUAAAGUCAGUAAUUCAAAAUGAAAUUGUUUCCAUAGAUUAGUAACAACUUGAAGAGUUUAAAGCUUUGAAUGCUUAAAAGCCCAGACUUGGAAUAGUAGCUAGUUCACUAAGUCAAGUUUUCAUUUGUAUAAUACAUGUAUGUGUAAGAUGUCUUAUUUUGAUUGCAAGUUUUGAUGAAUUAU